AUGGCUUCAGGCGAGACUGGUAUCUUGGCAGGCCUUUUGCCAGCAUUGACGGAACAAAUCGCUGAAAGUGUCGUGGAAGUAACGGGCGAAGUGGAAAAUGCCCUUCAUCAGAAAUUAGAGUCCACGGGCAGCAAGAAGAAGCAGGCAAAGCAAUUGAAUGCCGUUGCAAAGAGCUCUGGAAAGUACAUGGCUAAAGUACAUCGUGCAUUUGAAAAGAAUUUUGAAAAAUUUGAACUUUAUGUUCGUCGCAACAUUGUGCUAGUGCCUGAUGCAUUGGCAGACGAAGUGGCGCAGAUUCGAGCGGAGAGACAGCAGAAAGACGGAGAAAACGAGAGAAUACGUCAAGAAGAGGAGGAAGACUUGGCUUUGUUGUCAAAGGAAGAGAGAGAGGAGCGGGAAGUGGAUGCUCAGCUGGAAACGCUGCGUCUGAAAUUAAGGGACUUGACAGUGGCAAACCAACGGCUAGAGCUGGAGCAGAAGGCGUUACAUGAGCGGACACAACACUUUCGAGACCUCGUGACUCGCGUAGCAUUUCUAGACGAUAUACCUGAACGGGCGAUUUUGCCAUUAAAGCGCACAGCGGAGGACAUUUCGGCGCUUCAUGAAGCAUUUUUACAGAUGGAUAGCAUUCAGACGGCACUAGAGGAAGAAUCACGGCAGUACAAGCGGUCUAAAGUAGCAACACGGGGCAGUUUUCGAAAUCUGCGCAAACGGUUUACAGCUAGAACAGCUGAAAUGACGUACAGGACGACGGAAGAUCUAGAAGAGCUGCAUGCGAAACUGCUAACAAUGCAUUCCCCGAUAAAGGCUUCUCUGUAA